UUGUGUACUUGUUGUUUCUUUUGUCCUUUUGCACAGCGUGAAGAAGAAAGUCAAGUUCAAAUUAUUUGUAGGUUUUCUAAGGUGUGUUUCGGAAUGGGAAAACGUGUGGCUGUAAUUCUUUCUGGAUGUGGAGUUUUUGAUGGCAGUGAAAUUCACGAGGCUUCAGCAGUUUUGGUGCAUUUAAGCAGGAAUGGGGCAGAGGUGAAAAUAUUUGCUCCUAAUAUUGACCAGAUGCAUGUAGUUGACCAUGUUAAAGGAAGCCCUACGGAGGAAACGAGGAAUGUGUUGGUAGAAAGUGCCCGGCUGGCUCGAGGUGAUAUCCAGGAUUUAACACAGCUCAAAGUCAGCGACUUGGAUGCUGUCAUUUUCCCAGGUGGAUUUGGAGUUGCAAAGAACCUUUGUACUUGGGCAGUGGAAGGAAAGAAUUGUUCUGUGAAUGAUCAAGUAAAGUCUACACUCCAGGCCUUCCAUGAGGCUAAGAAACCCAUCGGGCUGUGCUGUAUCUCCCCUGUACUGGCAGCUAAAGUCUUUCCAGGCUGUGAACUAACAGUUGGGCAUGAUACAAAUGAUGAUGGCAGGUUUCCAGACGCAGAGACGGCUGGUGCAAUACAGGAACUUGGCUGCAAACAUGUGUGUAAAAAGGUUAAUGAAACCCAUGUUGAUGAGAAGAACAAAAUAGUCACAACAUGUGCGUUUAUGUGCAAGGCCCCUCUUCAUGAAAUAUUUGAUGGGGUUGGAGAAAUGGUGCAGGAUGUGCUGAAGCUUGCAUAAACUGAGCUGUAUCUGAGAAACUGAAAUAAAUCAUUUGAAGAUUUCA